AUGAAUCAAAAACUUCUUACUAUUCUCCUACCAAUCAUUUUUUUUAUUGGAACAAUUAUGAUUUAUCGUUCCUAUCAAUCAUCUGAUUCAAUUACUGUUGUGUCAGAUAAACCUGUACGUGUUGACUUUUUUGUUAUGUCAAAAUGUCCUGAUGCAAAAAAAUGUGAAACAUUAUUUGGUCCAACACUAUUAAAAUUAUCUUCAAUUAUUAAUUUUACUGUAUCAUAUAUUGCCUAUGGUACAAAAGCAGAUUCAAUUGAAUGUAUGCAUGGUCCAGAUGAAUGUCUUGGUAAUAAACAACAAUUAUGUGUACAAAGUAUGUGUUCCCAAACAACACUACUUAAAUUUCUUCAAUGUCAAUCAAAACAAUAUGGAAACAUUCCAAAUAAUGGUGAACAAUGUGUUAAAGAAGUAUCCGAUGGAACAAUCCAAUGGUCUGACAUUGAUACAUGUGCUAAAUCUGAUAAAGGAAAUCAAUUAUUUCUUAAAUCAUUAGAAAAAACACGUUCAGCAUCAGCUAAAAAAUCUUGUACGAUAAAUUUAAAUGGAAAAUUUUGGUGUAUGCAUGAUGGUACUUGGUCUGGAUGUUCAGAAGGUCAUGAUGAAAAUAGUUUAAUCAAAGCUAUAUGUUCAAGAUAUAAUGGAGCGAAUAAACCAACUGAAUGCACUACGAUUAGUGCUUCGUCUUAG